AAGUCGGUUCCCGGUAAUUGCUCAGUUCACCUCAGUAAAACCUAUUCGCGGAUAUAAAAGUUGGCGACGAGAAAAGUGAACGUAAAAUAGUGCGCGUGUGAAAACGAAACAAAAAUCGCGAAUUUCGCUGGUGUGAACUCUAGCCGGACAGUGGUUGUGUUUUCCCCCUUGGUGAAAGUGGGCUGUGUGAGAACAAACCAGCGGCGGCGAAUUCACCGUAGUGCCGACAACAGCCGAUUGCAUCAGCCAGUCUCACUCUGGGACCGUAUCAGCAGCAGCAGAUUUCGUGAUACGAACAAAACGCCGAAUCUCCUGCAUUUUUCGGACCGCUGGCGGUAGCAGAUUACAGCAAGCGGAUAAAGUGUUCGUUGGUCACAUUGUGUCGACGCUGCAGCGGUGGAUUAGCCAUCCAGAGAAGGCUGCGAAUUGCCGGUCGACGACGCUACGGAUUUCGUUGGUGGCGGUAGGCAUUAUUUGUAACCCGCGAAGGGCGUUUCGCAGAAGCGGUAGAGGUAAGCGCUCAUUAGUCUUUUUGCAACGCCAUUGUGUGGCAUUAAAAGCAAAUCAGUGAUUGUUUUCAUUGAAACAAAAAGUGAAGAGGAAAAGACGAUACACGGAGAGAAUCGGUUGUGAUUUUUUAGCAUAAAUUGCACCGUAACGCUAUUUUGUUUUUAGUGAAUUUUGGUGAUUCUACGGAAUGAGAAGUGUUUUAAAUCAUAUUAAAUGAGAUUUUUCUUUAUAUUUAACGAAGGUGUAGAAGUCCAUCGGUACGGCUCGGCAUUUUUGCAGCUGUUAGGCCGUUUCGUAGUGUGAAGACUCGUUCCGUCUGGAAGUUGAUUGUUGCUGACUGGCCGUGACGUUUGCGGUGACGAUUUCGUUGAUCAAAGCCCGGACUACCGGACGAUUUUCCUUCCUCUUGCUGGAGUGUGCGUCCGUCGUGACCUUUCUGGUGAAGUUGCCAGGUACCGGAAAUAGGUCGAAUCGCCUUUGAAACGAUGUCUCACGUUGCGCCAAAUAUUGAUCCGUACCGCAAAGGACAAUCGUUUGCGUCAUGGUUCAAGCGCCUAGGAUACCAUUUUCGCGUGAAUAAAGUAGAAGAAGCGGACAGAAAGGAUCAAAUGUUCUUAUUAGGAGGAGAUUUUCUAUUCGAGGUAGCUCAGAGCUUGUAUCUUAGUGAUGAGUUACUUGAUGCAGCACCUUUUGAUGAAUUGAUCGAAAAGCUGAAGCAAAAGCUGGACAAAACGGAUUCCGCGUUAAUCCAACGUUACAAAUUUGGCUCCAGGGUUCAACAACCUGGUGAGACAGCCAGUGAUUUUGUUUUCUCGCUGAAACUCCAAGCGGAAUACUGCAAUUUUAAGAACGACAAGCAGGACCGCAUAGUAGAUCGCAUUUUGAUUGGUUUGUCGGAUGACAAUUUAAAACAGAAAUUAUUGGCUGAGGAUAGCGAAAAACUUAACUUGGUUCAGGUUGAGAAGAUGGUGACAACAUGGGAAAUGGCUACUUCCAAUGCGAGAGCAUUGACACAGGACGGUUCCUUAGGGCAAAUUGCUUCCAUUGUUGGUGGGCGAGGAGCUCUCUUGCAGCGUGUAAAACAGUUAGCUCAAAACCGAGGACCAGUCAAAAGUCGGCUAGGUUUCAAUCCUCCGUCCGUUUCUCCUGUACGAGGUAGUCAGCCUAGCGCAAAUUCCUAUGGCUACAACGACCGUAGAAACCAUACUUCACAAUCCAGACAGUCCAGGCAAGUGCGAUUCCAAGAACAUCGGAACAGAUACCAGGGUGCAAGCAAUCAGCGAGCGGAUAGCAGAACCGGUAGGCAGCUGGUCUUCGAUCAAAGGGUGUGCAGCUAUUGUGGGGUAGUUGGACACGUCCGAAGGAAGUGUUUCAAGUUGAAACAGUAUAAGAAAGACCCGAUCAACAACGUGAAUAUGGAGGAGCCUGAGACAAGUACCUUGUCCAGUAUGAUGAAUCGUAUUUCCUGGGACGAAAAGAGUGAUGAUUCCGAUAAAGAUUACGAUUGGAAGCGGUAUAAUCACCACGGCGCACCGAACUCAAGUUAAGCUCAUAGACGAUGCGAACGGCCGUGCGCGAAGAAGGAUGGUGGUGCAUGUCGAUCGCACUGUCGAUAACCCUGGUCCAUCACUGCCAUCAUCACGUUUACCAUCAACAUCAACACCACGAGAAACGAGUCACGAGGAAGAGCCGAGCGAGGAGCCUUUCCGGGGUUUCCCGGAGUGCGAAUUGCGCGGUGUCGAAUCUCAAGUUGUUAAGCCGAAUCGAAAGCGGAAGUCUGAUGCCAACCUGGUGCUCGAUGGCCUGCCGAGGCGGUCGAAGAGAACAAGAAGAACUAAUCAUAAAAGUGAAUUCGAAUAUUUUUAAUGUUAAAUGAUCAAAUGAACUGUUUGUUAAAAUUAUCGAUAAAAUGAAUUUUUGUAAAAUAAUAGAUAAGCUAUUAGCUCGAAAAAAGGAAGGACUAAUAUGUACUUCAUAUGUGCUAAAAACAAAUAUGUGUGUAUGCUAUAAAAA